CCCUUAAUCUUAUUCAUCCAUCUUACAAAUCUUUCAAAUACACCACAAGCCUCACAGAUCCACAAAGAUUUGAAGCCUUACGUAGCUCAAAGAUAACCAAUAGACUCAAUUUGUUGAGAUAGUCAAAGAUCUAACUUUUGUAAAUUUAUCAAUUAAGUCUUCACUAGCAACUCUAAUGGAAGCAACGAAGCAGUCAACACAGCCCAACCAGCCACAACAACCGCCACAACAAGUAGCGGUCAACACAGCUCAACCAGCCACAUCAAUAAGCACUCAAGAAAGCUCAACCUCAGGAGUAACUAAUGUAGACGAGCUAACCAGAGCCGAGCUCAGAAGCUACGAAUUGAUACGCAUUGAGAAACCGGAAGAAGACAUCGACCCAGAUUACAUGCAUUAUCUGAGAGCAAUAGGUGCAUACGACUCAGUUCAACUACAGUCAGCACGAGGAAAGGGUCGUGGCAUUACCAUUGCUUCACUAAUGUUUUAUUUGCUUCAGUAUGCUUUGUUUGCUUGAUACGACGCAAGUCUAGAUAGUAGAAGCCAAAAAGGAAAUUGGCCGAGAAUUAGAAAUAUGUCGGUAAGAAGUUCUAACCUUGGUUCAGGAACACAUACGAAGGCUGUUCUACCACUAGAGUAAAGUCACAUUUUGAAAAUUCUAUGUCCAACAUAUUACAUAUUAAUCGGCAUGCGGAAGCUACUGCUUAUACUCACCAAAGUAAAUCUAAUCUCCAAAUCAACUUAGGAUACUUGAUUACUAAUUUUAUACGUUACCUUUAUGAAUUACCAUAUCUGCGGCAAUCCUACAUAAUAAAAGGAAUGUAAGAUAAUUUUGUAAACCAGCCAUAUAAAUCAACGAGUAUCUUCCUUCAAAGGGGAAAAAAAUUCAACUCUCUCCAAAACUCAUCCUUAUCUUGCAUAAGCUGAAGAAACAUUAUAUCCAUCUUCUCAAGACUAUCAUCCACAAAUUGUCGUACUGCCGGAAUGGAUACACCGCCCUAUGAUCAACCCCAAGAAAACACAGGCGGACAUCCGCAAAAAAGGAAACGAAACCGUCCCCGUGGAUCACGUAUGAAAUCAAAAGUUCAUCUAAUUAAUGAUCGGUCAACAUUCAAACCAAAAUAUUAUGACUGUGAAUGUGAUGACUGCGACUCUUACAUCAAGCAAAAAAAUGCACGCAAUAUGAGAAAGGCUAUCUUGCUAUCAAAACGAAUUUCAGCGCGAUCACAAGAUGCAGCUUCUCCACAACAAACACGUAUAAUACGUCACACUCGAACAAAGAAGAGAGAUAAAGGUUCGACAUCACAAACCAAUGAAAACCCAAUCGUUACAUGCACGAAAUGCGGUGCUCUUAUGUGGACUUCGGAGAGCACUGGAACAGACUUCAAAACAGGAGAACCAACAUUCACAGUUUGCUGUAACCAUGGCCAAAUCAGACUUCCGCCGAUCAAUCAACCCCUAACCCUAUUAUAAGAACUUCUUGGGUUUAGGUGGUUUCGAGAUACUAUCCGAGUCUAUAACUCCGUACUGGCUUUUACAUCGGUUGGAAUGAAAAUGGAUUAUAGUGUGGUGCAUGCA